UGAAAUUCAGUUUGUAAAAAAUAAAUGAAUUCCAGUUAAAACAGCACUUUACAUUGAGAAAUUCCCUCGUUAUUUUUCAGUUGAGGGUGAUAGUUUUCUUACAGGAGGAAUAGGCAUCCAUAGGCGCUCAGGUAGGUACCCUGCUCAUACACCACUGCACUGUGGUAGGCUCUCGCUCCUCUUGGAUCUUCAGAUGCUCCAUGAGGCCCGACUCUUCUAGGAUAUCCCCAUGAUCAGGAAGAAAACAGUGGCUUUCUCCUGUUUGGAGUGUAGAUUAUCCUGUGACUCUCUAGCCUGGCCUGUAGCCCCCCAACUCCUCAUCCCUUGGCACUGCUACACCAACCUACAACACAGAACUGGGGCUGUGACAUUCCCCCUGCUGGGGCCUCUCCAGCUUCCUGUAGGCUAGAGUGAUGUCUCUGCUGUAGCUAUAGUUUCUCGCCAUCCUUUUGCUAAAGAAACAAAUCCACCACAAGCAUCUGGACGAUAGCCUCUUCCUGAUAUCUGUCAGGUGGACGUAACACUCCUGUUGCAUUUUCAGGAAGCUCACCUCCUGAGACUCUUAGGUGGAACUUAACUUUUCAAAGAGGUGUGCUGGAAGUGGUGGGCGAGGACUACAUUCAGAAGUCAGUGGCCACAUUGACAGCAGGGCUGAAUUAGUAGGAGUUGGACCCAGACUCUGCCUCCUGUCUAGCAAGUGCUUCUGCCUUGAUCCUGGCUAAUGAAUUAAUAAACACGAAAAGCCUUCCCUCUGUACCGAUCUGACUCGGCUCUCUGUGUCUGUGCUGAUAACUUUGAUAAUGGUACAGGUGAUAGUGGGCAAAGUCACCUUUGCCCAACGAUGCGCCUCCUUCUGUGCGUGGAUCUGUUAGUUGUGUUUUCUUGUGUAUGACUUUAGGCAACCUUCAAUGAGAGCUGGAUGAUUCUUUAACGUUUUUUUGUUGUUGGUAAGCGGAUUUCAUUGAGAAAGAGUGCACUUGGCACUUGUAGGGCUUCUAAGGGCUGGUGUCCUUGUUCAGGGAACUGUUAGAUCAGGGAAGGACAGUGUGUGACAUUUGUGACAUUUUGGUGUGGCUCUUACUGGGUUGUUCUGUCUGGCAUUGCAUGCAUUCUUACAGUUCACUGGUUCUUAUUUAUAUUAGUCAGUUUCUUUUUGGUUUAAAGUAAUUCAUUCAUUUGUUUAAUGUGUGUGUGUGUGUGUGUUUUGCCUUCAUGCAUGUCUAUGUGAUUGUAUCAGAUCCCCUGGAACGGGAGUUACAGAUCGUUGUGAGCUGCUCUGUGGGUGCUGGGAAUUGAACCCAGUUCCUCUGAAAGAGCAGCCAGUGUUCUUAACCACUGAGUCAUCUCUCUCGUCCUGUAUAGUCAGUUUAUUACUGUGACAAAAUACCCAGGUCAACUUAUCAGAAAGAAAGGUUUGUUUUGGUUAUGGUUUCACGGGCUUCAGGCCUUGGUCUCUUGUUCUGAUGCCUUUGGACCAGUGGCGUGGUAUAUUACGGUAGGUAAUGCAGUGCAGAAGAAGCUACUCAGAUCAUGUUGGCUGAGAAGCAGAGACAGGAAGGGCAUGGUCCUCAAUGAUGUAACUUUGUCCAUCUGGACACCUCUCUGUGAGGUUAUGCCACACUUCAGUAGCCCAAGUUGAAGGCCAAACCAUUAAAAUACCAGGUUGGGGGGCUGGGGUUCUCCGACGUUACAUUGCACACUAAGAGUCGGAAAAGUGGAAAACCAUGCCUUCUUCACGGCUAAUGUAUUUAGCAACCACUGUGCACUUGCUUUCGUGUUGAAUGUCCUCUGCAUAUUACAUUCUUAGCUCUCUGGGGAUCCGUGCAAGUGAAAUGUCCCCCACCUUACCUUUUUCAAGUUCGUUUGUUGUGACAGUGUGGGGUGGAGGACCUGAACAGCAUCCUUGUUUCUGGUUUAGAUUAUUGUAGUGGGUCAGUCAAGGGAAGGAAGAAGCAUAUAACACCGACCCUAUUUUAACCAUUGGUCUGUGGGAAGCGUUUGUCCUUCGACAAGGCAUCCGGGUAGCAGCCUUAGAGGGAAAUUGUAUGCUUGGGAUGUUCCACUGGUGCUGACUUCUCAUUUCUGAAUUUGACACUGCAGGUUUCUUGUAUCGGUGAUGAAUGUCUGAGAGUUUAAUGGGAAGUGAUAGAUGGUUUGCUUUUAAACCGAGUUAGCCAUCAUUACUCCUGCCCCCUGAGGAGAAGCCUUCACUUUCAUUCACACAAUAUUCUUAUUUAGAAAAUGCAAGUGCUUUUGUAAUGAAAAAUAUUCCGUGGCUUGAACACGUUGUUUAUUUUAAAUAUAUCAACAUGUUAGAUAAAUUUUUGAGGGAUUUUUUUUUCUUCACUAGUCCUUAUUUCCUUUGUUAGUGAUACAAGGAAUAAAGACGUGCUCUGGGGGUGCUUUCUGGCUUUGGCGGUGGUGGGGAAUUUUUGCUGCAGAAUCAUGACUGUGGUUUGCAUUUCUUCUCUCUCUUCAUAGUAAGCAUGCCAAGCUACAGAUCUUGUGGGGUGGAAAAGUAAGACUUUCCAAAUCAGUCUGUGUCAGAGAGACAUGUGUAACUCAAACCGCUUGGCCAGUGUCCUUGUCCCCUUAUCCCCUCUUGAUAUUCUGGAAUUACCUGGAUUAUAGAAUUAAAAAAAUGUUUUUAAAUUUUGUUUUAUUAUUAUUAUUAUUAUUAUUAUUAUUAUUAUUAUUAUUAUUAUUGUGUAUAUGUAUCCAUUUGUGUCAGCUCCAGAGUGCAUGUGGAAAUAAGAGAACUUUCAGGAAUUGGCUUUUUCUUUCUACUGUAAAUCUGAGGAAUCAAACUUAGGCCAUCGGGUUUAUGCAGUAAGUGCUUUCUCCCUGAGCCGUCUCACUGUCCCUGGGUUGUAGAAUUCAGGAGAUAAUUUAACAAGGAGUAAGAGGAUCCUGUGGACUGCCUGCCAUAUGGUGCUUCCCUUUUCCCCCAUUACUGUUUUCUACCAGCAAACUAUCAGACGACAGGAAGGAACAGAGACACUAGGCUACUGGUAGGGUAGAUGGUCCUUACGAUGCAUGUCUGUAAGGAGAUAUGCACUGUUUCCCAUUGUUUUCACACAGUAGAGACAUAGCAAGUGCUGCUGUCAAAGGAAACUGAGAACUUCACAUAGUGUUCAGAACCAUUUGCUGCUUUCACACAGGAAAGCAGCAUUAGGAAUAUGAUACAGGUCGUAUCUUGUAUUCAUACAUUGCUCUUGAGCAGAUGUGAUGAACACAGCUUUGAAUGUGGGUCAGGAGAGUUGAACUACGGAGGUAGUACUAGAGUGUAGGACAGGAGAGACUUGGGACAGACAGAGAAGCUCUAGACCUUGCUGUCCCCCUUGAGUUUCGCUAUCACUUUUGAGAUAUCAGGCUAGUCAAGUCACCGUGGCUGGGAGCUUAGUGUUCUUCUUCUAACAGAAGUGUCUGUCCCAUGUUUCUUUUAUUUCUGUUCUAGCAAUUGGCCAGUUCCCUGAAGAUGAGGUUCUUAACAAUCGUAUGCCAUUGUAAAUUCAGUUAAAGUUUAUCUCUGAGCGUAGUAUUUGUGUCACUCAGUCAGCAGUAGUGUUCAGAGAGGAAGUAACGGGAAUAUUAGGAUGGUUUCCUUAAGACUAGAGCUGAAUAGUGGGUCAAAUGCUGCACGUUUGUUUAGGUCACUCCAGAGGAUAUUUGCACAGGUCUUGUUAGGAGCUGGAUCAGGAGUUGAGCUAAACUAUGAACGGUAUAUCUGUUCUCAUCACAUGUAACAUCUAAGAGUCAUUAAGAGGUUGCCCUGCUUUUUUUUUUCUCUGAAGGUCCUCUGUCCAGAUGGGGCAGGAUGCCCCACCACCAGUGUCAGUGCCACCUUGAUAUGACACAGUGACACAUGGUUCUAGAUAGGGAACUUCUCCUUUCUCAUUCCAAUAGGUUUUAUGUCCUUAGACUUUAUAAGGGGUAAAAAGCCAUUCAUCCAUAGCUCUGCCCCCUGGGAGUGAAUAUAAGAGUGUUAAUCUGAAAUUAUAGUGCUUUGCGUUAACUCUCUAAGGAGGCUUUAGGAAAAAACAUUAGUCUUUAUUGUCGUUUAACCAUCCUAUUUUAUAAAGUAUAGGUUAUAUGGCAGUGAUAGAAGCAAUAGCUUAUUUUGAAAAUGAAGGCCUGUGAGUGCUGUACAUUAUCAUAGUUUUCACUACACUGGAACUAGUGAUUUCAUACAUGCCGAAGCAUGGCUCCCCUGCUGUCUGGCAGGGGUCGGUGUCAAGCUUUAAUAGUUGUGCUUGGUGCUGUGUGUGAUGCCCUUUAAAAAAAUAGAUGCUGACUGGCAGUAGAAGUUAGUCUCGAGGUGUGAGCCCGCAUUAGGGUCCUGUAUCUAAUUUGAAAGCAUAUCAACAUAUUCAUAAUAUAGUAUUGGAAAAAUGGCCUUAUCAGUUUAUGUAGCAGUAGAAUGUGACUAUAGCUUGUUAAGUGCCUCCCCCCCAAAUCUUCAUAUGUUAGAAAUUUAUUCCCCAAAUUGAUUUCUUAGUGGAGAGGUGUUUGGGAGGUAACUCGAAUUUCAGACCAUAAUGGUGCCCCAUGCUGGCAUUGGUGGCUUCUCAGAAAAGGUAUCAAAAGUCCAGUUAGCCCAAAGCUCCACUUUAUUACACAGAAACGCAGGGCACAACUGUGUCUAAUACUGAGCAAGUGUGGGUGCCAUGCUCUUGGUUUCCCUGACUCCAGAACCAUGGACUAAGAAAACCUUCGUAGGUUUCCUAAUCUGUGGCAUUUGGUUCCAACGAUAGAAAGCGGUCUAAGACAAAUGUCUCAGAGUGGAACUUCUUCUUAUCAGGUUCAAGCACUAGGAAAGGUGCUUUAGCUUUAUUUGUGCCCUUCCAAACUUAUCAUGCUUCGAGUGAGGUCACGUCUUUACCCUUGUUAGCUAGGUAGACGGUUGAGCACAAGGCCCAGCACCUGCCCUCUGAGAGGACAUAGGAAUGGAGUGGCAUGUAGGAGAGGGGAGGCUGAGAUACUUAAGAUCAGGCAGAACCAACCGAGGUCUGGCUAUUGCUGGCUAUCGUUGCUGAGAGUUAGAGCUGUAGGUUGAAAACUGGAUAAAGUCUACCAAGGUAGAUUGUAGAAGGGCACCAACUGGGAUGACUAGAAGCCAGAGGACAGACUAUAGUCACCACCGCCUCGAGUGUCUAAAUCAGUAGGAUGCUGCGGAGGACAUGAGGUAACAGGUGACUUAGAUGGAGGGCCAGCAGGUGGGUCUGGCAGAGCAUGCCUUGGUCUUGAUGAACUGGGAAUCAGGCCAGAAUUUUUGAGUCCAACGUGACAAAGGUUGUUCUCAGAGUAUUUCAUGAUUUCAGAGAGCAGAGAAGGAAGGACAGAGAUUGGCUGGGUCAGUUGUGGUGACAAUGGCUUAGUCUUGUUCUCUCAUCAAGAAAGGGGUUGGCAUCCUGGGGCUCCCCUACUUUAGUAAAUCGUGGGUAGUAGGGUGUUUGCAGCUGUUGCACAGUCAUAGUUGAAGGAGAAUGGUUGGAAGUGUUAAAACCUUGAGAACGGGGUAUGGCAGAACGUUCCCCUAAUGAAUAAAGAUUUCGAGGAGUCAGUCACUGGGUGAGUAGGCGGGACUUCCAGGUUGGAGAGAGGAAGAGGGGAAGCAGAAAAUAUAUAGGACUUUUGGUGGUGUGAGAGAGCCUGGCAGCCAAAAUGUAGGUAGCGGGUUCAGGUGGCAGAUGCGCUGGGAUCCGAGGAUUUAUAACUUAGAAGAGCUUACAAAGUAGGAUGCGAUUUACUGAGCCCAGCCGCUGUGUUACCUGUUGAUUCUAAACUAAGUUUGUGUGGUGUUUUCCUUCACUCGAGUGACUUAACUGAGUUCUUGGGCAGAUCACCCAGAUGGGAACUCCGCAGAAGGGCAGGGUCUGACAAGCUACACUCAUUUCCUUAUCUGCUGGGAUGUUAUGAGUUGUGUUGUAAUCUACUACAAGAUAAAAGAUUCAUCUGACAUGACUAGCUGCAGCACACAAGUGGCAGUGACAGGGUAGGGGGCAUAGACUGAGGCCUGUGGGUGUGAACUGUGUAUCCUAGCACACCGUGAGGCCUGCUCUUUGACAAGUGGGAGCGUCUGAAACUUAAAGUGAACAGGACCCCAAGUGUGAAUGAAGCAAGGAAGAAUGGAAGCCAGUGACUUUCCAGUCAGAUGUACAGAGCUACUCAGAUUUGAUCAGUGGGCUCGCGGGCUCAUCCCUCCACAGUUAGAUAAGCUUGGCUUUGACACUGAAUCCCCCCCGCCCUUGCCCUCCAAGAAGUUCAGGACCUUUGGGAGACACCCAGCCACACCACUGGGGAAGAUGCUUCCAUAAGUAUCUUUGGUCUUCUAGACCUAGAACAGGUGAGUGUUCUUCUUGGAUUUUGUCAUCCAUCCAACUCAGUAGAUCUGUACGCAGGACUAUCCCACUUCCCAUUUUGGAGCUGAACAGACUGAAUCUAGAGAGAUUAAAAAGCUACUUUAGGCUAACCAGAGAAUGAUGCUAUGUGUUCUUUCCCUGGGUAGCAUUUCUAUUGUCAAUUUACACCUGCCCUCUGAGAGGAUCACCAGCCGCCCCACAGGUUCCCGGCCCACAGGGCCAGUCCUUAUUUGCAAUGCCUGGAGAAGCCACAGCUACAUGCCACAGGAACCAAUGGUGGUUAUGUUGUCUGGUCUUUGAGAGGGAGUGUUAUGUAAGCUCACGGCACAGGAAAAGAAUUACAGGCUCUCUAGCAGUGCCCACCUCUCGCUGCCCACGCAAUGUAUGGCAUGCAGGAUUCUAUUCCAGUGAUUCUUUCUGACAACACGACCUAUGACUGUGGUGAGGAGUGUCUUGGAGGGGAGUCUUCGGGGCAAUUGUAAGAGAUCUGAAAUGACAGAAAUAUUAGGAAACUGAUUGGACUGGAGCUGUGGAGUCUACUGUAGCCUGCACAAGUCCCCUCGAGGCCUGCUUACAGAUGUGGGUUGUCUGAGAUGUUGGCUGUCAUACAGAAUGCUCUCCUUAGGAAGGCCGUCCUUGUUACUACUGGGGUCUGUUUGAUGAUACUUGAUAAAUUUCACUUGUACUUCAUGAGGCUCGUAAGUCUUCAGGAAGGCAUCUCACUCUCUACUUUCCAAAUCGAGAAGGGCUAAUGUACUGAUUAAAGACAGUGAAAAGAGGCAGGCAUGGCGAUUCACAUCUGUGGUUUUAGCAGUAGGCCGAGGAAGAACAACUAAGUUCAAGGCCAGGCUGCUUUACAGAGAGAGGUUCUGGGGUAGUCUGGGCUACAGAGGGGUACCCUAUCUCUAAAUAAACAGACACCAAACAAAUCAAGUGUGAUUAAGCAGCCCACCCUGCUCCGUUAUCCGCCUUCAGGCUGGCUCUAUGUAGGUAAUCUGCAUUUGUAGACAUUUGUUGUUUACUGUGUUGAAAGCAUAUCUGAUCACAAAAGAAAGCGACUGAAUCGAAGACUACAGAUAGUAGUGAUCUAUUACUGCAUAUCAAUGUCCCAGAACUGUGCAGCUAGUCUCAGGGACAGUCUUUCCACGCAUGAUAUGAGCUCCCUUAUUGUAGCUGUAUGUGUCAUUCAUAUAAAGUAGGUAGGUAGACCCAGCUGUACUAAUCUUUAGUGGGCUACAUCCGUUCUUUGCACUGUUGUCAUCUUUCUCUGUGUAUUUGGCUGUCCUCACAGCCUGGUAUCCUACACCUGCAGAUAAAGAAGUGACUUGGAGGAAUGAAGGAGAAAGCCGUUAAGGCCUUUUGUGACCUAACCUCUGAAGUCACACGUGACAGAUCACUAAGUACAAACCUUGCUCAGGAUAGUGGUUGGAUUGAUUAUUCUAAAAUACCUGUGAGUCUCUUUUGGAAUUUCUGUGGAACAAUCAGCUGACUUGUCCUUUUCCAAAGCAACCUUGUCAAGGUCUUAUUGAGGAUCCACUAAUAACACACAUCAAGGGUCCACAAAAAGGAGACUUUUAUAACCAAAUCCCAGUUGAGGUGGAACUGGCACAUAUAGGCUUUUCUAUGUGCAGAGAAGUUCUUUACAUGAGUAUGUACUGUUUAUAUAAAUGUUCUCAAAAUGAACGUUUGAGGUGAAAACUUGCUUAUUAUUAAUAACAAAGGACAGCAAAACCCUCAUGUUGAAAAAUGACCAAGGGUCUCAGUUUAAGACAGUGUUUAUGUUUGUUAUCCCUAAUUCCUAAUAAUGUCCAUUUUGCUCUCCGGUUACCCUGACUAGAUACAGAUAUUACAGACACUCACCCUGGAUGUUGGGUCUGCCUAGGUAGAUAUGAGGGUUCCAUUCAGUUUUGAUGAUAGGCAGGAUGAUGCUUCAGAUGACUGAGUAGUUUUGGAAUAUACAGACCUCACCUCCUCCCUAGGAGGUUGUGUAGAGGCAGCAUGGGCACCCCUAAAUGAUUCAGUUGGCUAAGGCUCACUCAUCCAUUCGCUCAGAGGUUCAUCCGUUCAUCCAAUCCCUCACUGUGUAUAUGAACAUGACACUGUAUGUGCCUGCUCUCAAGGAGACCAGAUGCAGAGUUCUGUUUAGUCUAAAGCAACUGUAUAUGUGGAGCAUAAUUUAUAUCCUUUGCAAGAAAUGUAAUUUUUAGUGUGUGGUUCCUCCAUGUUGCUUAGAGAAAAGGCAGUUGAGCCCAAAUUGCAGGUAAGCUUUCUUGAGGGGCUCAGUGCUCCCCGCAAGUAGUCAGCAACAUCGAAGUGGGUACAAAGUCUUUGUAGCUCUGUUUUGUAUGGCCAGCGUGAAACAAAAGCUAUUGUGUAAAAAUACUUCCAGGGCAACUCAGUUAAGUUGUUUUCCCGUAGAAUUGUUUUUCUGUAAAUAAAGUAAAAUAAAAAGUCAUAAGUAAUUGGUGUGAAAAUUACUUUUCAAAAGCAAAACAAAACAAAAUAAGAUUCACGAAAAUACUCACAAAUAACAAGACAGACAAAGGAAAUGGAAACAACCUUUCAGAACAUUUGGACAGCAGCAUUAGGGGUUAACGUCAAGGUGAUGCCCUUAUCACGGAAGUUACGUCCAUUCCUGCACUGGCUGGUUUUUGGUCAACUUUACACUAGCUGGAAAUAUUUUUGAAGAAGAACCUCAAAUGAGAAAAUGUUUUUUAUCAGAUUGCUUAUAGGCAAGGUAGAGAACAUUUUCUUGACUGAACAUUGAUGUGGGAGGACCCAGACUACUGUGAAUGGUGCCAUCAUCCCUGGGCAGGUGGCCCUGGAUGUAUAGAAAAUCAGAAUGAACAAACCAUGAAGAACCAACCAAUAAGCAGCAGGCCUCCAUGGCCUCUGUGACAGUUCUUGCCUCCAGGUUCCUGCCUCAUGUUCCUACCCAGUCCUUCCCUGAAUGAUGACGAACUACAAGCCAUAAGAUGAAAUUAAACCCCUUUACUCAAGUUGGUUUGGGUCACGGUGAUUUAUCACAGCAAUAGAAACCCUAAGCCAAUCCCAAAAGCCUAAAUUUGUUUGGAUUGUCAUUAUUUAAUCAGUCAUUUACAUCUUAAGGUAAAUUCUACACUUCGACCGUGUCUGAUUGUUUCUGUUUUAGUUCUUUGCCAUGUUUCUUUGUAUAUCGUGAGGGCUUAACAGAGAAAUGAUGCGUUUUGCCUGACAUCCUACUAUUUAACAGUUACUUAGCAAUUGGAUCAUGAUUGCUUUUGAAGUAAUUUAUCUGUGUGUUGCGUGUUCGGUGUUCCUGCUCUGACUAAGCCCAUAAAAUAGAAGUGAGAACAAGUCUUUACACAACUAACUAUGACCGGAACUGUGCUGGGUGAGUACAAAAGGUUCAGGAACAUUCACGGUUAAAGAACCAAUUAGUUCUGCUUAAAGGGUAGGGCCCGGAUACAUGCAGUUUACUUUUAUGAAAGGCCACCCUCAUAAAAUGUGAUGUGUGCUUCAUAACUACAGUCACCAUGUCAAGUGUUUCUCUUGCAGCCCGAAAUUCUGGUCUGCGCCUCUGUUGUCUCUCUGCCUGCUGCUGCUGUCAAUCUGUGUGUGUGUGUGUGUGUGUGUGUGUGUGUGGCAUUGCAUGUAACAGUGCUCUGUUUUGUUACGCUCUUUCACUUAAAUAUAAUCAUAUUUAACUUCAUGUAGUAUUGCUGGGGUUCCCACUCUUUACUGACAGGCACUGAUCCAUGAACACAGACUUGUGACAGUGCGUCUAACCCUUCUCCAAUUGAUAGAUAGUUGGGUGAUUUCUGGCUUUCCUACAAUAGGUAAAGCUCCUGUGACCAUUCACAUGAAAGCCUUGUGUGACACAUAUCCCCACACCCACCUCCUUUUGGCGAAUACUCAGGAGAGGAAGGGCUGGGUCACGUGGCUUGCUGUGCUUUUUUUUUUUUUUUUUUUUUUUGGUUCUUUUUUUCGGAGCUGGGGAUCGAACCCAGGGCCUUGCGCUUCCUAGGCAAGCGCUCUACCACUGAGCUAAAUCCCCAACCCCCUUGCUGUGCUUUUAAUGUUUAAGAGACUGCUAGGCCGCUGUACAUUCCACCAGCUGUGGACAGAACUAUUGUUGUUAGACAGGUUUGUUUUGUCGUUAUUGUUGGUUUUUUUUAACCAUUUUAAGUGUAUGAAAUUUAUGGAAUUUUAUAUGUAAGUGUUUUGGUUUGGGGUGUGAUGUGAGUUUAGUAGCUUUCUUCAGACAAGCAAAACCUUCCUUAUAAGGAUGGCUUGUUCGAAAGCAUGCACUGUGUGGAAAGUGUGUGAGGCUUAGCCGUCUCUUCCCAGGUUUGCAGAGUAAAAUGUCAGUCUUACUGUGUGGUGCUAAUUCUCGAGUGGCUCAAGUCCUUGAGCCUAGGUUUCUUCGGUCUAGUUUCUAGUAUUCCCUGUCCUGGCUAUCAAGCUGAUGAUUCGUGGACACCUUAAAAUCAACCUAGCCUCUGCUAAGGCUGGCUUUGGUCUUAGGUAUUGGUGACCUGGCUCUUUAGAAGGAGAAGACAUAGUUGGUUGUUGUCAUGUAGGUUGUAUGUUGUUGCUAUGGUUGAGAUGUCUCGAGAGGAACAGGCACUCAAACUUCAGGGGAGGCCUCUACUAAGGAAGUGCCAGGGCCUUCCUCAGAAGGUUGAUGUGCACACAUGGGGAAGGGCAUAUGUACCUGACAGCAUAAAGCCAGACAGUAUAUCUGUAAUAAAGUGCUAUUCCCAUACUAAUGGCUAGAAAGAGAGGAAAAGACUGCUCUUGUGGGGAGUGUUGCUGGGAGGAGUCUGGGUUGAUAGGGGAGCCCCAGAGGGUUCAAGCAUUCUGAGGACAGGCAUCCAUCCGUUUAAUUUCAGAAAGGCAGCCCAGGGCACCCUUAAGGGCCCUUUCUCUUUGCAUUUAUGCUUAUCUUUGUAGCUGAGGGGGCUCGAUUAAACUUCUUGCUUAACGCAGCAUUUAAAGGAAGAGUGAGCAGAAAUCUUUCAGGGAUGCUGACAGUUUUUGUUUUUUCUGGGGUAGGCUCUUUGCACUGACAUUUUAUGUCUCACAUGAUUUCUGCCGGGGAGAUCCCAAUGAUGAGGUCCAGAGUGGGGGGUAAUCCAGUCUGCCUUGGAUUCCAGAGAUCAACAGCCAGAGAUAUCCAAGCAAAAGAAAUGGUGCUUUGUCUCCUGGGAGCCAACAGCAUGUGACACACAUGACAUCACUGUGAUUUAGCAUUCUAUUGGGGAUUGGUGUGUGCCUGUUUUGUUUUGUGUUUGCUCAGUGUAAGUGUGAACCCUGAACAAUCAUUGCUUCUCCACUUAAGGUAGAAGUCUUUCCACCCUGAGGUGAGGUUGUGAAACUUAACAUCCUGCCUCCCAGCGUCUUCUGGAGGGGUGUCUUCCAGCACAGUCUUCUCACUCCUCUUCUGCCGUUUUUUUCGACACCCCAUCUGUUUUCCCAGGGGCUUAAUAGGGCCAGUAUACAAGGAUGGUAAUAUGAACAGAAGCAGUAAGGCAAGCCAAACAAACAAGCAAAUAGAAUGAAGAGGGCCUUUAACUAUGAGCACAAAGCAGUGUGUUGUGAGAAUCAGUUUUGUCUUAAUAUUUCUAACAAGGGGCACAUAAGGAAAACAAUAAUUUCCAUUAUUCCCACUGUUGAAAGUGGGACAUAUUCCGAGUCUCAGAGGGCGCGUCACUUCCUUGGCACUGAAAGGUAAUUACUUGAACUAUGGGGCACUACACUCCCAUCUAUUCUGUGGCCUGCUGAAAAUGUUUACUCAGGAUUUCCAGACCCUGUGUGUACACCUACUGUAUGGGGUGUGAGAAGUGGUUGAUGGGGUAGUUUAAGGGUUUGCAGAAGCAGACGGCUGUGGGCACAGGGCUCCACUGAGCAUCACAGAGCCAAGAACACAGCUUUGCCUAUACUGGGCUCAGUGGCUGAGGUGCUGAAAGUUCUGGUAGAAAAGACACAGGAGCAUAAGAGGAGCAAGAAGCAGGCAUCUGAUGAGAUUUGCUUAUUUACGGAUAACAAGAAAGUCAGCGUUGCAUAAAGGGAGGCCAGCAGAGAGCAUAUCUGGCUGGGAUCUCUCCUAGAGGUCACAGCUGCAUAGCCCACCAGAAGCCCUGGCUAGAGGAGACAUUGGAAGAACACAAGGGCGCAAUGGAUCCUAACUUAGAAAAGGCAGCAGCGGAGAGGUGCUAAGAGGCGAAGGCUUGGACUGUGGUAGUUGCUUAUGCGCAGGUUCUGAGCUGCCUCAGGCAGGAAGAAGAUUGUGGGUUGGGAGGGGAUUUAAGAUACCCAUCACUGAUGGAACAGAGAGCUACUGCAUGUGCGAAUUGAGGAAGGAAAGGGACUUUAGGGUUCUGUAUGUUAUGACUUUGCUGGUCAUGAGCUUGCAAAUGCCUUUGCAAGCAAAAUAAUCCUGUCAUCCAAUAGGUAUUCUUCAGGGGACAGGAUAGGUCCAGUUCACCCUUACUUCGUGAAGACUCAUUGAGGGGUGAAGGCCAGGGGGGGUGGAGGCUGGCCUACAGCCAGAGCUGCCAGCUCCCUGGGCCAUGGUGGUUGUUGAAUCAGGUCUGUAAUUUCAGCCAUCUGUCUGGGGUAAGGAUCAAAGUGGCUGCUUUCAUACGGAUUGAGAGUGUAAUGGAGGGUUGGUGAGCAGAGCCUGUCUGGAGCGCUCAGCAGGACUGAGUGCCUGUAAGAGUCCAUGCUCCUGAAUGGAACUUAGAGAUCCCCAAGUGGGCCAGAGACUAACUCUGACUAAAGGUUGCUUAAGCCACAGCAGAAACUGACACUGCCUGUCUCGGUUUUAUCACCUGGUAGGUCUCACCUUCCCUCUUCCCUGAGGAUAUUGUGACAUGAAGGAUUAAGAGUUUUCCCAGGGCCUGGAGGCUAAGGAGAUGGCUCAGGUGGUCAUAGGCUUGUCGCACAAGUGCGAGGUCGGGUAGUCAUGGAGAAAGCUGGACAUAUUGGUAUGCUUCCGUGACCCCCAGGUUGCUGGGGAGAGCAGAAAAUGAACAGGAUAACUCCAGGAGCUAGUUCCUUUGCAAGUCCAGCACAAUUGGUGAACCUCAAGUUCAGAGAGAGAGAUCCUGUCUGAAAAAAAGAAAGUGGAAAGUGAUAGAGGAACAUACUAUAGGAAGUUCUAACCUCCACACAUGCAUGAACAGCCAGGUUUGCACCAUCAUGCAAAUGAUAUCCUUGUACAUACAUAUGUAACAAACACACAUGCAUCACACACACACACACACACACCAUGGUUAGGGUUGUCAACAUACAGGAAACCCAGUUUAGUAAGAAUUUCAGAUGAAAAGCAAAACUUGAAAUUAAAUGCAUAUCCCAUCUAUUCAUUGUUUAUCUGAAGUUCACUUUGAAUUAGCCAUCUUGUACCUCUGCUUACUGCCCUCCAGUGUAUUUGACUCAGUUUUCUGACAGUUCAAACUAAGAAUACAACUAAACUACCUAAACAGCAAAUACCUAUUCUCAUAAAGCCACGAAGCCCCAGGUCAGUGCGAGCAUGGCUGGUUCUGAUUCCAGGUGAGAACCUUCUUUGUAGCUUACAGGUGACAUCCUUCUUCGUGUUCUGAAGUGGGAGAGAUGGAGCACAGGAGAGAUACAGACAGAGAGACAGAAAGAGACAGAGAAACACCACCCCUCUCGCGUGUGUUCUUACAGGGUAUGGAACACGUUCUUUAGGCUCUUGUCCCACGCUCUGUGCACCUCCUUUAGGCUCCAUCUCCAAGAAGCAUCUUGGACAGUAAGUUUCAACAGAGGACUGGGAGAGAGGCAUAAAGAUUCUCAGUUGAGGUCCCAGAGCUGAAACCACAGUCUGUGAACUCUUCCUAUCCUUCUGAGAUGAGCAUGGUGUUCUUCAACAAGCAUGGCUGUAAGUCCCUGGGGCAAAACGUGUGAAGUGAGGUGAAGACCAAGGAGGAAUAAUAUAGUCUUGGAAGUACUGUGUGAAGAGGGAUGGUCCCAACCUCUAGACAGCUAAAAGAAAAAGCAUGGUCAUAAACCAUGAUGGUUUGAUGAAACCAGAAUUUCAUCAAAUUCUGGACCCCAGACGCAGUGGGCAUACUUGGAAGAGAUGCCAUGACAGUUGUGUGUCCUUUUCUGUCAAACAUGCUUAUGAUGUGUUUUGACCAUACCUAUCCUCAGUUCCCCCAUCUCCUCCUAGAUUUACCUUUGCCCUAGAAAUCCUCUUACAAUUUCAUGUGCUUCCAUUUUAAAAAUUCCGUACGUCUAAGGUUUGCUGCCAGGAUACUCAACAGGCUAUGCAUUGGAGUACGGUUCACUUACAAGGGACCCACAUUCUUAAAGAAAACUCCCUGUCUCUCCUGAGAAGACCUUAACAGUUAAUAGCUCCUCACCUGGGGGUGAGAAUUCCUGUGUCCUCCCCGUCCAGGCUGGAACGUUGCCUGGCCUGAUCUUGGGCAUGUUUUGUGCAGGCAACCACAGCUGCCAAGUUGAUGAGGACGGUAGUGUCGUCGUGUCCAGAAGUCACCGUUUUGCCCCAGCGCUUCCCAAGCUGUGGCUCUCCUCUACUGAGCUCAGUUAUGGUUGAGCAUUCCCCAGAUUUUGUUCUCUUGAACUAGUUAGGGGUUUCUACAUUAGCAGCCUAGUCCAUUUGCACAAAGAAACUUUUCUAAUCGGGGGUCUGAGAUAUGAACUGAUUUCUGGGCGUCCACUCUAUCUUGCAAGUUCUACAUUUUCAGUUCAACCAUGCAUGGGUUGGAAACAAUUUAAAAACUGCAUCUGUAAUAAACAUAUAUAGACUUUUUCUUGCAUUUUAAACAACGGAGGAAAGUAGUUACUUUCAUAUUAUUUAUUGUAUUAGGUACUAUAAGUGAGCUAGGGAGAAGUUAAAGUGUAUAUGAUAAUAUAUAAGAAUAUAUAUACAAUUCACUCUAGCUAUUUUAUAGUAGGCACAUUAGCAGGUGCAAAAGUUUGAUAUUUAAGGGGUCCUAGUCCACCAAAGGUGGACUUCAUUAUGAAAGAUGACUUAUUAUAUCCAGUGACAUUAAGGGGAAGGUUGUUUUCCAUGGACAUUAAUUGUAAAGACAAAUAUGUGAAUCGAGUUCUCGUCUUAAAAAAUUUAUUUUUUUAAAGUUAACAUUUAUCCAAUAUCCUGUAUCAAGUCGAUUUACAUUUUAUAAGCUUCUGUAUAGUUUACUGUCUGUGUAUUAAGCUAUGAUACACUGUGUUCUUCACAGUCAAGAGUGAAGAACAUGCCCACGAUCCCUCAUGUUCCCAUUUCAGUCUCCCUACUUGGUUUGCUCUCCCUCGCUGUAACUCAGAGAAUAGCACACCAACCUUGUAGCAUGUUUGCCUUAGUUGGGUUAUCUUUGUUGUGAUGAAACACUAUGACCAAAGCAACUUGGGGUUUAUUUGACUUCUAUGUCUACAUUAUUGUUUAUGAUUGAGGGGUGUCAGGACAGGAACUCAAACAGGGAAGGAACCUGAAAGCAGGAACUGAUGCAGAAACCAUAGAUGAGUGCUGCUUACUUGCUUGCUCUUUAUAGCUUGGUCAGUAUUCUUACAGAACUCAGGACCACCAGCCUAGGGGAUGUGCCACCCACAGUGGGCCGGGCCCUCCCUUAUCAAUCACUGUGAAUGAAGAAAAUUCUACAUGCUUGCCUACAGCCUGUGCAGACAUUUUCUCAAUCGAGGCUCCCUCCUUUGUGAUGUCACUAGCUUGUGUCUAGUUGAUAAAAAAACUAACCGCCUUCAUUUGGCAUUACAUUUGUAAUUCUGUGUGUGUCAGCUUAUUUUUCUUGGUUGCUCAGCAAUAGUCUAUCUGUGUGUCCACCGAGCUCUUGACCCACCAUCUACUGAAGGACCUCUGGGUAGUUUCCAGUGUUGUGUCAGUGCUGAAGAGCUGCUGUUGGAGCUCCUGCAGUAUGUGUUUGUGUGCACUCUCUCACUCUGUGUUUGUUGCUAGGAUGAAUGUGUUUACUCUUGCGUUCACCUAAUGACUAAUAGUUUCAUUCCUUUGCCUCCAGUGCAUCGGUUUAGUAAAAUAAUGUGUCUAAGCCUUUUUGCCUUUUUAAGAAUAUUGUUUUUGAAGUUUCUUCAUGUAGCAUGAGUUCCUAGGUCCUGUAGGUGAUUUCCCCAGUCUAUAACUUGUAAUUUUCAUUUUUAGAAAAGCAUUGUCUUCAGAAGGGUAGAAGUUUUAACUGAGGAUGUCUGUUCUCUCGGAACUUGAUGUCUUAGGUAUGUCCAAGGUUCCAUGCCUAAGAACUCUUUCCUAAUCCUAAACAGAUUCUGUUCUUUGUUUCCUUAUAUACAUCUCAGUUUCUGGAUGUCUGUAUACGAAGUGGGAUUUGCAUCAAAGUUCUCUUUCUUCUCUACCUUUUCCUGUUUUUCCCUUUUGGCGUGGGGUAGGGUCCAGUCCUUCUACUGCCGCUGAUUGAAAAGACUCUGUUGUUGUUGCUCUUGGUUUCUUUUUUGUUUUGUUUGUUUUGUUUUGUGUGCUUGCUUUUUUAGUUCCUUCAUACUUUUGACCAAAAAAAAAGUCACCUGGCCAUAUCUGUGUGGAUCUAUUUUUUUGAUUAAUUUCUCUAAUGAUUUGUAGCCGUUCCUCACAAAUUCCACAGUAAUAUCUAAAAUGAUGGUGUCUGAGACCCUGAACAUUCUUGGUUUCUCAAAACUGCCUUGUCUGGAUUUUCUUUUGCUUUCCCUCAUACGUUUUUUUAAAUCAGCUUAUCCACAGCUACAAACUAGCCACACUGGCAGUGUUUGGAAUGUUGUGAAGUCUGGAAAUUGAUUUCAGUCUCUCGGUGCGUGACUAUCUGCCAGUGUUUAAUUCUAAGUCCACCUCCAUUUCUCCCACCAGCAUUGUCUAUAAAUUCUAUCAGUGUUCAGGAGGUUUCGCCUCAGCGUUUGUCUGUAGGAACGGAAAGUGUAAGUGACAUUUUACAGUUUCAGUUUGAGGUCGGUGAUGAAUAGUAUAGAGCGUUCAUUGAUUUUACGUGUGGACCUUGCACCCUGAUCCUUUGCUGAGUAUAUUCAUUCCUUGGGUUUUCGUUUUCUGUUUUAAGAUUUUUUUGGGGCGUGAAUGUAUACGUCUGUCUUUCUAUGGCCCAGUCUUUACGUGAAGUAAGGAGUACUGACAGUAUCAUCCUUUCCUUGUUCCUAAUCUCAGUGGGACAACUUUUGAUCUUGUAUACCAAAAAAAUUUAUCAGGUGUAGACGCUUUACGGAUGCCUUUGUUGAGGCUAAGGAGCACGCUUUUAUUCUCUGCUAACAUUGAAUUAUUUUGAAUUUGUAAACAUCGCAUUGUUUUGUUUGAGUUUGCUUUUCCUUCAACUCUUGGUAUAAUUAAUUCUAUUAAUCAGGUUUCAGAUAUUGAACCAGCUUUGUACACCUGCGACCAAGCCAUUUUGCGUGACGUAUUAUUCUUAUUUUACUUUUUACAUAUUCUUGGCUUUUAUUCGCUUUUUUUCCCCUUAAGUUUUUUAAAUAUAUAUUCCUGGGAGCUAUUGGAAUAUUGGUUUCUGUUCUUAUGCUGUUUAUUGUUUUUUUUCAGUUUUUUAUUUUAAUACUCACCUUAUGUAAUAACUUGGAAUAUGUUCUCUUUCCUUCUGUUUCCUAGAAAUGAUUGUUUAGAAUUGAACUUAAAAGAAAAUUUGAUUUUUUUUUAUGCCAGUGAAAACUCCUUUCCACGGUGUUCUUAGCUUCAAAUCAAAGCUAUUUGUUACUGCUCAUGUUGGUGGGGAUUGAACUCACGGCCUCAUGUAUGCUAUGCCUGUGACUCAACACAGUGUUAGCCCCAGCAAAGCCAAAGUUUUAGAUGGAUAUCUUUAGGUCGUCUAUCUCUAAUUUUGUUUUUCUGCUGGUUUUUAAUUUCUUUCAGGAAACCUUUUAAAUUCUGUGAAUCUUCUAAUGCUUUACUUAAAAUCAGUAAAUUUGUGGAAUUAUUACAUACAGGUCAAGCAUUUCUCUGCGCAAACCCUGAAAUCUGAAACACUGGAAGAUAUAAAACACCCUGAGCUAAACCGUUUCAAAACUGUCCAGAUAUUUCAGAAUCCCCCAAACCUGAGAGAUCCGAAGCAUCACUGGUGCCAGUCAGUUCCUGUAAGGAACACUCAGCCUGUCUUCGCACGUGCUGUCCUCUGUGCCUUGUUCUCUAGGCAGAUUGUCAGGGAGUGGUGGAGAACAGGCAGUCUAUGGGGCUGGAUGUGUUACCAGCUUUCUUUCCCUCUCCUUGUGCCACAUUCCUUGCCAUGAUUCUUUCACAUCUGAAGAGCUUAAUUUAGCAAUUCUAAAACGGAUUUCUUGCCUAUAUAUUAUUUUCAUCUGCCUUCAUUCCAGAAGGCCUUUCCUUUUUCAACUUACCUGUGAAGAGUGUGCUCCACUAUAAGCAGCUUGAGGAAAAAAGGUUUUACUUUAGUUGCUGUCUGUAAUGAUUCAGUCCACGGUUGGCCUUUGUGUGCUUUGGUAGAAUAUGGGGUCAGCAAGCACUUCUUCACCUGGCUGUGGACAGGAAGCUGCAGACACAUAAAGACAUGCGCCCUAGUGACCUGCUUUCACCAGGUGGCCUUCCAAAAUCCUGCAGUGAGCUGCAAUACUUACCAUGAAGCCUAUAGGAUGUCUCUCAUAUUCAUUUGAAACCACAGCCAGGCUGUGUCCAUUGCAUGUACAAAUUCUCCACAGUAUUUUGCAUAGCUUCGUCACUUCCUGAGCAUUGGUGUCACGAGACAUGUGGUUUGCUCUGGUUGCCCUCCAGAUGUUGAUAUUGUCUUCAGGUUUAAACCGCUUAGAUCGGGAUGUCCAAGAGUGUGUUGUAUCUUCAGUCUGCUGGUGUUUGCUGAACUUUGUGAAUGUGUACAUCAUGUCUUUUGCCAGCUUUGGGAAGUUGGCACACUCUUGAUUUUUUUUUUUAUAGAAUCCCAUUGACAUAAAAUUUGGACCUCUUGGUAUCAUUCAGUAAGUUCCCAAGUCUUCGUUUUUGACAGGCAUUUCUCUCUGACACUCAGACAGGAUAAUCCUGAGGACCGGUAUUUACUUAGACUUGGUGAUCCAUUCCAUGAGUUUAUUUUACUAAUUGGAUUUUCACUUCCUCCCUCCCGCCCCCUCUUCAGGCCAGGUUGGUAGAGGGCAGGUAGUGGGUGCAUGGUACUUCUCCAUAUUUCCCUGUGCCUGCCUUUGUCUGCCAGCAGGUUUCAGGCUGUGCCUGGGUUCACGACUAGGAAAAGAAGAGCACACUAAGCCAGGGGUGCUUUGAAUUCAUUACCGUUGUUCACUUUCCCCACCUCCAUUUCCGCACUGAGCCCAUAGUACAUUCCUGUGUCUGACCCACUCUUCUGCUGCUGCUUUGAAAAUUCAUGUGUCGUUCACAUCCAGACAAUGGAACUUUAUUCAGCACUAAAAAGAAAUAGUGAAUCAAGCGAGGACAGGACACAACGGGCUGUGAACUGUGUGUAUUACUAAGCUACAGACAUCAGUCUCUUAAAAGCGACGCGCUGUACCCUUCCCACUGACUUCUGGAAAAGAGAAGACAAUGGAAAAAAUAAAAAAAAAGAUCCAUGGGGGGCCAGGAAUUAGAGGAGGGAAAAGAGGACAGACUUGUACCUUACAAAGGAUCUGUAGGACAGCAAAGGGCUUGUAGGACACUAAUGGUGAUUUAUGUCGUUGCUCUUUUGUGCUAGACUACAGGAUGUGCAGCACUGAGAGGAAAGGUAAUGUCAACCACAGUUGUUGGUAACAAUGGAGCACUCCGGCUUUAACAAUGUGUCACUGUGACGGGCUGUGUUGGUAGUGGGAAUGGCUAUGUAGGGGAAGGGAGCAUUUGGGAACUCUGUGCCUCCCUUUCAAAUUCUUUGCAAGCCUAAAACUACUAAAACAGUUAAGUCAAUUUUAAAAUGAGUACAUAUGUCAAAGAUGAUGUAAUAAAACACUUGGAACGUAGUUGAAAUUUUCUAUUUGUUUGUUUUAAAGCACCGGGAAAUGAAUUUCUAAAAAAAAAAAAAGUGUGCAUUUUGAAAGUAUAAUGUCAACCCUCCAACCCCAAUUUCCUCUUCAGUUGUCAGGAUAUGAGUGCUGGCUGCUUCUGCAUGCUUUGUUGGGAUUAUCGGGCUCCAAUAGAUAAUUUUGAACAUGCUAGAACUGUGGGAUAAGUUUAAAAUGUGUGCAAUGCUUUUCUCAGAAAUUUGCCAUGUGCUUCCCUGGUGAUUCACUGGAUCUCAAGAGCUAAGACGGUUUAUUCAUCUCUCAGUGCUGGGCUGGCACACAGGGUGGGGCUUGGGAGUAAUUUGAGAAUGAUAACAGCUGUACCAUUCCAUAUAGGACACAAGUGUCUCUGAGGAGAGUCGGUUCCCUGUUGCCUCCUUGAGACUGCAUGGGCGCUUCGGUUACUCAGAACACAGCCCUGAAACAGUCACGGGAAAGGCGUGCAGUAGCUGCGUAGAACCUAUAAUUGUAUUUAUCUCAAAACAAAAACAAAAGACGGUGCAUGUUAAGAGACAGGUUCCCUGCCCUCUGUUCCCCCCUUUUAUAUAGUUUUUGUAGUUUGUUUGUGGGGUUUCUGUGGUCGUCUUGUCUGUUUGGUUUGCUGUUGUUGUUUGGGGGGAUGUUUUCUUUUGUUUUUAUCGUGCGUUUGGAAAAAGUGAAGCAGCAAGAGGCUGGUCUGUAAUCCACUGGCUUGGCUGAUGAGGGUGAGGGACUUGUCUAAAUUUAGCACUGCUGUCUCUAGUGCUGGUGGAAGGGGCAAUGGGAGGGACUUACAAAGGCUGCUCUGUCCCCUGGCUCUGGAGGAUGCCCACCCAUCCUCCCUCCCCUGGCUUGUUUCUCAGUUCAACCCAUCUCAUCGGAUAUGGCCCUUUUAUAAGGCUGUGAAUGUGGAACUUCUAAGUUUAUUUAUAACUUGAUAAGGAUUUUGUGUUCUUGCGUUUGGGCACUCCGGGUUGCUGCUGGUUUUAGUAUGGUUCGGAUUGUUAGACAUGGCCCUUAGUCUCAUACAGCACAGAGCUACAUGUCAAACUGAACUGCCUACUUCUUACAUCACAGACACAGCUCCUAUUGCAGUGCUGAGACUCCAGGAAGCAUUUUGAGCGCCCAUGCUCGGCUGGGCUCCCUGUCUGAACCCAAUAUUGAUCACUCUCAUUGGACAGGCUCUGUGAACUGCCUCCUUGGUGGCUACAGUGUCAUUUCCUGUAUCCAGCAGCCUCUACAUUGUUACUGAAAAACAGUUUUUCUCCUCUCCCAACUUCUUCCAGAACUAUUUCAACCUCUCUACCCAUCUAACUCUACUCAGUUGCUUUCUCUUUAAAAAUCAAUCAAACAAACAUUUAUAGAUACACAGUCACAAAUAAGUAAAUAAAUGAAAUAAAAAAAGCAAAUCAGUAACCAAAAUAUACAAGCAAUAGACCAAUAGAACCAAAGGCAAAAAAAAUGCCCUAAUGAAGCCAUAUGAGACAGAGACAAAAGGUCUACAAGAAUACCAUUGAGUUUGCUUAGUGUUGACCAUGUACUUCUGUGCAUGGGGCCUGCUCUGAAGUGUAGUUAAAAUACUCAGUGAAACUCUAGGACUGAUUUCUCGUUGCAUUGGGUAACAGUUGUAGAGAGCUUCUUGGUUAGCGGUGUGAGCCUGUGCCCUCUUAGGUUAUGCUCUACCCUCCUGUCUUGGGCCUUCAGAAAUGCAGAGAAGAAAUGCCCUUCUGUCCUGUCAGCUGAGCUUGCUGUCCUCUGUGUUGAUUAUCAGCGCUUCGAUAUGGUAGGCCACUAUGGGAAAUUAGCCAUGGCUACAGAAUCUCAUUAAAUUAAGGGAGACCAACUCAUGGGAGUAAAAAGCAUAUUCAGAUAUAAUAAUGAUAAUAAUUAUUAUUUUAUCUAGAGAAAAAUGAGCAAAAACAACAUGUAUACUCGUCAUACACUUGAAAUUUUCAAAAGUGACCAAAACUUCUUUGGAAAAUAAUUAAAUUGCUUAACAAAGCUUCCUGAGUUCCUCUUAAGUGCUUGGGCUCAUACAUCAGAAAUAACUAAAUAGGACACAAUUAAGACAGAUGUAGAGUCGUGAUUGCACUCCCCGUAGCCCAGCUGUAAACAUGUUUGUAAUUUUCUGACAUCCCCCACUCAUCGUCCCAUGUGUCUGUUCACAUGUGUAUGACAAGCAUACAUGCUCCCUUUUAUCUAGGAGCAAGACAUACUUAAGAGCUCAUCCCUAGGUUACUCCGCCCAACAGUGCCCCUCCCAGCCCUCCUACACUCCAUGUUUAUAACUCAUUCUCUGGCACUGGGUCCCUACUCCUUUCCAUGGAUUUCUUGGUUUCCUGUGUGUAUCUAGCCCCUCAGCUAGGCCACCCUUCUCCUUACCCUCCCAAACCAGUGUUCCUCAAAGAAAGAACAGAGCUGGGAAGGAAGGAAAGGCCUCUAAGGAGAGGCUGAGUGAGUGCUUCGCCCAAACAGUACUGAUUGUACUGAUACAUCAAAGUUACACCGAGUUCUGGAAAUGUGCUUUGGGCCAUUGGACUUUUGAUAGGUAAAAAUCGCAUGUCAAUAUAAAUAUUCAUAAUUAAAAAGACUGACAGUUGUGCUGAUCUCAGUACCUUACAUUACCAUGCAACUCAUACAUGCAUUCCCAUGAAUCUUUUAGAUAUAAAAACAUCCAGAUAAUUAGAGGCUUGGAGACGUGUCCUUAUCAGUUACUUUUGCCAGCAUCCCUAGGGCCGAAAGUUUAGUAAAGCCUCUCACAAGCUCGUCCUCUUUGUGUUCUCCUUAGAAAAUGUACAGAUGGCAGGGCCUUGUCCCCCAUGGGGUGGCUGGAUGGGGAGUGGCUGUGCAUAGGCUUCUGUUGGCCUCUUCACAGACAUCAGACGAACCUGGGCUCCCAAUUAAGUCCCAGUACUGCCAAGUUAAAUAUCAUUGCAUCAUUUCAAACUAUGGGGAAGUGCCGGGAUAGGGUCUGUCCUUGGCUGAUUGAUGCCCCCCCCCCCAGCUUUGUAAGAGCCUACCUAGCAUUUUUGCACUCAACAUGGCACUGACUGACUUGGACUCCAGAGCACCUGUGGCCAUCAUAGAAGAGGCAUGGCUCUAUUCCUGAGCCUUGGCAAGAGCAUCUCAUCCUGCACUGAGACAGAUGCUGGUCCUGGGGCCCUGAUCUCUGGAUGGUGCCUUCGUAGAGUGUUGUUGUAAAAUAUAAAAAUAAUAAAGAGUAUUGUUGGUCUUUUACCCCGCUUGGUCCGCACAGCGGUGCCCCAAGAUAUCUGCUAGAUAUCUUGGCGGAAACACAUCCCAGCCGCACUUUCUUACACUCAAACCCUCACAUAAAAGAACACACAACACAAUAAUCUUUGACCCAAUUGGUAAGAUAUAAUUGCCCACUUAAACAUACAAAGCUCAGUACUAUCCAUCCCUUGAGAACAUUAAUAAAACCUGUAAAUACACAGAGCAGAAACUUAACAUCACCUGCCAUCUUGUCCUGCCACGGCUUCUCUGCCUCUCCUCCGCCCUGUCUCCUGUCUCUCUCUCCUAGUCUCCUCCUCUUCCUUCAAACUUCUCUCCCACCCAUCCUUCCUUCUCCUCCAGUGACAGGCCUCCUUCUAUCCUGUACCUUCCUCACCUGUGACAUCAUCCUACAGUAGAAUCUGGUUAACAGCAAGGACAAGGAGGGCAUGCACAAUAUCCGACUUAGCUUCCCUCCAUGUGUGCUGUUGGACAAUGGAGGCCUUCCUUCCUUUUGCUCAUAGCUCGUACGAACCAAAUCCUACUGGCUUAUGUGUAAGCCUCAGAUGUCUCUUCCCACUCCGUGGUGCAGGCCAAAUUCUUCCUCUGGCAUUGGGCCUAAGUGCCCUUAAUGCUUGGUUGACACUGCGUCCAGUCUUCUCCUUGCUAAUAGUGACCUGAAACUGUCCCUCUCUCCUCUGGAGGCAUCUUCCUCCCUGCUUUAAUAUUCCCUUGACCUUUCCAACUUAACACCCUGCCCUGUCUUAUAGCCACUCUCCAGUUCCACUGCAGCCCUCUCACCCUCAGCCAGGGUUCAGUGUAGGGGCAUCCUCGACCUGGGUGGUCUCUGGCUUUCUGGUGGUCUUUGACAUUUUCUGAAGGCUUGAAUGACAAAGUAAGAGACACUGCUGUAAGAUUUGGUGAGAAAGUCUAGCACCAGCAAGCCCUGAGGGCAAGGCGACUGUCCAUCUGUGACUGAGUGCAUGACAUUACUAGGCAGGGGUCUCAUUGACCCAGCAGCUACCAUGGUUAGCAACACUUCCUUUCCCAGAUGUUUGAGCCAUCCUACCCUUUCCUCAUAGCUUUAGGGCCCAGAGUUAUCAGAAGUUAUAAUGGGCCAAGGAGUCCUUUUCUUCAUGUUCUCCAAAACAAUGACUUGACGGGGUCAGGUACCUCAUAAACAGGCUCAGAAGGUCCUGUGAGAGUGUGGAUCAUCCAGCCAUCCAGUUUGUAAGUACCCAACGGAAAGAGAGUCCUUACAGCCCCUCUCUUACUCUAACAAAAAUGCAUAGUGUGGCCUUUUACAAAAGCCUCUCUUCGUUAUGAGCUCCGGGAUCUUCUUAGUAGAUUCUCCAAGUAUACCCUUUGUUGGGGAGAAACUAAAGAUAAAUUUGUAGAGAGAGGAGCGGGGGCUGAUUGUUAUCAGUGAAUGAGUAAAAAGAUAAAUUCCUCCAUAGUAAAAAGGACACUUCAGUUCCCACCUGAAAGGUUAGAGGAAGAAGGAAACAGGAAGGAUGUCAGGGUUUGGGAAGAGGUUUUGGGGUUUCUACUACAAGGCAGAAACUACGGUUGCCGUCUUGUGGGGUGGGGCGCUAUCUGUAAUUGGGUUUUUUUCCCUCUCUUGCUGGAGGAGAGGUCAGCCAGAUGAGAUGCUGAGGUUUUUUCCUGAGCACUUGUCGCUGACCAGGCAAUCUGCGUCUGAGGGCUGCCUGGUGCCCUGGGCAUCUGGAAUUAAGUUUCCUGGUAACUCUAAUAGAUGCCGAGAGCAGAGAAUGCUUAUGUCCAUCUCAUAGUGGCUCUUGGGCCAGUUUGCAUUGUAUGGCAGACACACUUGGGGGUGUCUUUUUCUCUGUGUGUUUCCUGAAGUCUUCUCUCCAUCCUUGAAGGGCACCUCUUGCUCUGAUGGGGGUCUUAAUCCUCAUCCUGUCUCUCCUGGCUCUACAAAGGCAUGUGGCCACUUGGACUGUGGAGGCCAGAAGCCUGGAAUAGUAUAUGACCCAGUUGGAAAGCAGGGCCAUAACUGUGCAUAGCAUGUCACCCUGCCCUGGCAGAUCUGAAAGCAGUGGAUCCAAAAAGACAGCUCCAAGAUAUCCUAAUUGUCAAAGAAAGAAGAAAUAGAGAGAGAGAAAGUAAGAGAGAAAGAAAGACACUGAAGGGUGAGGUGUUCGAUGUCUCAGUUUUGCAUAUGCAUGGUGUCUCAAGGAGUUGAUUCCAGUCAGGGAAGGAACUCCGCACUGGAACUGCCUGGUUCUCAUUGGAGCUGCCCUUGUGCUCCUGUCUUUGUGAGCGGGCUUCUGGUGUUGCUCUCAAGUGUCUGGCAUGGAGUAGCAAUCUAGCUGUUUAUGAACCCUGUCACCCGCUUCUCCCCCAUCCUCUUCAGCUUUGUCUGCUUCUCUUCUGAUGGUUCAGCCCCUGAUGAAGUGGGCUCUUAGGCAGCCAAGAGUUCAACCCCAGAUUGUUUAUAUUUUAAGUUGUUAUCGCCGUGGGUGUUUCUCCUUUCAGACAAAGCCACGUAAUUAACAUGCGGACCUUCGAAUUAAAUCAAAUUAUUGGUGUCAAGAGAAGAAUUCUUUUUAUUAACAACGUGUCAAAAUACUGCCUUGCAUUUCAAAACAUGGCAGAGUAACAGAGAUUUAAACUAGUGUUUUCUAGAAUGAAACCGUUGUUGGAGGCUGGGAGUCCCUGAACUUGGAAUUCCUAUGUGGAAGUGGUUUUACUUUUAAGAGUCCUCCACUGUGUAAGACAAAGAUCGUGUUGAGCCUUUGCAGGAAGCGUGCUGAGUGGCAGACUUUAGUGAGGCUUUGUUGGUUGAGCGUUCCCAAGGGUAAGUCUCCGCACAGAUGUCAGAGUUGUCGCCUGUGCUUGGCAGCAGGCACCCCCUCGAGGUGGCUUCUUUCUGCCUUUCUUUCACAGAUAAUUAAUGGUUUCAACUUGGUGCCUUUGUUUGAAAGCAAGGGACUAAGAAGUAGAAAACAGUUUGGAGCCCAUUGUGACACUAAAGAGAACCGAUAGAAAGGAAUUUGAGUGUGUGGAAACAAUAACCGUGGGCAGAAGCGAUGCCAUCCUCAGGCCUGGGGUGACUUAGAUAUUGGGCUGAGAAAAUCUAGUGACCGAGUGGCGAUCUUUGUCUGAGGCACAGGAAAGGAGUUGAGGAGUGUAUUUAUUUUGUGGGGAAGGUAGGAAGAUAAGAAGGUUGAUUGUUAGUUGGAAGUCCUCUUGUAUCGAAGGGGGCAAGAUACGACAUGACAGUGAAUUUCAGGCAAAGUGGAGUUCUUCAAGGAGAGGAGAGGAAUGCCCAGCUCAAGGAAUAGAAAAAGCGCGGCUGUGAAGGAGCCCACUAUUGUCUUAUGAUACAAGGGAAAGGAAGAAACCCAUGAACAAGUGGCCAAGGAAGACUGUAUUUUCACAAGGAAUACAGGCCUGUCCUGGCUUGCUUUUCUGUUGCUUUGAUAGCCACCACGGCCAGGAGCAACUUCAGGGAGUAGUUUAUUUUAGCUUACAGAUUAUAGUCCAUCAUUGAAGGAAACCAAAGCAUGAAUGUGGAGGCAGGAACUGAAAGAGAGGCCAUGGAGGAGCGCUGCUUACUGACUGGGUCCCCUUGGCUUGCUCUGCGUGCUUUCUUGUACACUCCAGGACCGCAUGCCUAGGGAUGUCACCAUCCACAGUCGGCUAGACCCUCCCAUAUCAAUCAUUCGUCAAAAAGGUGCUCCAUAAACUUGCCUACAGGUCAAUCUGAUGUAGGCCACUCCCUGAUUGAUUUUUUUUUCCCUCCUUGCCUGAUGAUGGUAGCUUGUGUCUCCAAAAAGCAAAGCGAAAAUAAAAAUAAAACGAAACAAAACAACGGACAAGCCCAAAGCCCAACCGUAAACUGGGGUUGGGAUUGGGGGUUGGUGUCACCAGAAAAAGGACUGCUAGAUGCAGGAGUUGGGAUGGUUCAGUGACACUUAAAAAUAAAUCUCUAAAAUAGCUUUUAUGAGAUGUUGGAAUUCCAAGACCACUGAAGUGAUUGGGUAUUUUAGGAAUUGUUUUUGAUUAUCAGACAAUUUAGGCACGUUAACUGUUUCCAAGGGGGUAAAAUUAGUUUGUCUCUGGCAAAGCUUGCCACUCUCGUUUAGAAUCUCGAUUCUUAAAUGCCCGCUAGACCCAGCCUCUAUAAAUAAGCAGCAGAUGAGCUGCCCAGUCCCCCUGGUAGGACGAGCUGAGCCUAGAGGAACCGUUUUCUGUCUGAAAGUGGAGGCCGGUAGAAGGGAGUGAGUCUGACCAGUUUUUCCAUGACCGGACAUCUGCAAGAGUUUUCUCCUCAGGAUGUCGCUAAGGAAGAUGAAGGCCCGCGCUCCACCACCUCCUGGAAAGCCUGCUGCCCAGAAUGUCCACAGCGAACAGAAACUGCCUCAUGACGCCACACUGGGUUCACAGCAAAGCCUGGUCCACUUGAAGGAGGCACUUCACAACAGUACCUUGGACAUCACUGUGGUUCUGCCCAGUGGACUGGAGAAGCAGAGCGUGGUUAGUGGGAGCCGUGCGGUGAUGGACCUCCUGGUUGAACUCUGCCUUCAGAACCACCUGAAUCCUUCUCACCACGUCUUAGAGAUCUGGUCUUCGGAGACCCAACAGCCUUUGAGUUUUAAGCCAAAUACGUUGAUUGGCUCCUUGAAUGCACAUACGGUAUUUCUGAAAGAAAAAGUCCCUGAAGAGAAAGGGAAGCCUGGCCUAACCAAGGCCCCUGAGAAAUCCGUACGCCUGGUAGUGAACUACCUGAGAACUCAGAAGGCUGUCAUGCGGGUGAGCCCUGAGGUGCCUCUGCAGAACAUUCUGCCUGUCAUCUGUGCGAAGUGUGAGGUCAGCCCAGAUCACGUGGUGCUGCUCAGGGACAAUAUUGCUGGGGAAGAGCUGGAGCUGUCCAAGUCCCUGAAUGAACUAGGGAUCAAGGAGCUAUAUGCGUGGGACAACAGAAGAGUUCUUCUGACCAAAACACAGUCUGAGCCUUCCCUGAGCUGUCAAGAAAUGCUCAGGAAAUCAUCCCUUGGCAAUGAUGAGACAGAUAAGGAGAAGAAAAAAUUUCUUGGGUUUUUCAAAGUUAAUAAGAGGAGCAACAGUAAGGCUGAGCAUCUUGGGCUGUCGGGCGCAGAUAGCGACGAGGAUCCCUCGAAGUCAGCGUCUGGAGGGGACUUGAACGGCUGUGUAACAACACCCAACUCACCAUCCUUGCAUUCUCGGUCCCUGACACUGGGUCCCUCCCUCUCACUGGGCAACAUCUCUGGAAUGUCUAUGAAGUCAGACAUGAAGAAGCGCAGAGCCCCUCCUCCUCCAAGUCCCGGGCUGCUGGGUCAAGACAAGGUAUCAGAAAAGGCCUCCCUCAGCUCGCAGGCCGAUCUUCAGAAGAAGAAGAGGCGGGCGCCAGCUCCUCCUCCACCACAGCCGCCACCACCAAGUCCUGUGGUUCCCAACCGCAAGGAAGAUAAGGAAGAGAACAGGAAGAGCACAGUGGGUGUUGGACGUCAGGUGCCACAAAAGCCUCCCAGAGGCACAGCUCGGGGCCCACCCCAGUUAGUGCUCCCCCCGCCCCCACCCUAUCCUCCUCCUGACACAGAUGUAACAGAGCCUGUCACCUUUCCUGGGGAAGGCGCUGGUUCCGAGACCUCAGAGCUGAGACCUAAACUGAGUCUGCCUCUGGGGCCUGGCAGCCACUGCAGCAUGGGUGGAGUCUCACAGGUGCCCGCGGAGGCUGAGGAGACGGCAUCUGUGGGCAGCUGUUUUGCAUCGGAGGACACAACCGAAGACUCAGGGGUCAUGAGCUCUCCCUCAGAUGUCAUCUCCCUGGACUCACAACAAGAUAGCAUGAGAUCUAAGGAUAAAUGGUCCACAGACCAGGAGGACUGCAGUGACCAGGACCUGGCUGGAACACCAGAACUGGGUCCCCAAAAGAGCCCAUCAUGGGGGAAACAUGGCUCAGGAAGCUCAAUUUUAAGGACUGAGAAAGCCGCCAUGCCUGGGAAUGAUGAUGAAGAUCUGUCCAUCACGGGACUCUUCCAUCAGACUCGAGCAGAGCUUGACAAAGACCUGGGAGGGAUGGAAGAAAAUUAUGAAACAGAUACCAGCUCUCUAACCAGCUCUGUAAAUGGGGUAUCCAACCACAGUCUGCAAGAAGCCAUAAUCCCUGAUAGUGGUGUGGACGACAUCCCUGUCACUUUUAUCGGGGAAGUUUCUGACGAGCCUUUCGACUCGGGGCUGUUCUUCAGUGGAAGUAACAAUGCUGCUGCUUUGAACCAAGGGGGCAUUGCCAGCCAAAGAUCCCACCUGCCCCCAUAUCAGACUGAGCAGAGCCAGCCAUUCAUAAGGACAAACAGAAAAGAGCCUGACCCCUCCCUUCCUUCCCAAGAUUACAGAAAGAGAAAUCAGCCAAUCUUAGCCAACACAUCUGAAAAUGAGAAUCCAGUUGGAAUAGACCCCAGAGUUACAUCAUUUGUUUCAAAGCCUUCGACAGAUGACCCAAAGGCAAAGGAUAAAGACAAGAUGUGCGGUUCUGGUCCCAGUGAGAAGACACAGACCGGUCACAGAGUAAACUCCCUGCCAGUGAAUCCCAGAGUUGGUGAGGAUGAAAACUCCAACUCAGCCCUGCCCCCAUGGUCUCACCAUGGCCAGGCCUCGGGGGGAAGCUAUGGACUCAAGUAUGGCCUCACUACAUAUAAAAUCGUUCCUCCCAAACCAGAGAUGAGGUGUUAUGACAGGGAUGUGUCCCUCUCCACUGGUGCCAUUAAGAUUGAUGAACUAGGGAAUCUGAUGAGUCCUCACAUGAAUGGAAGCAGGACCAUAUCCAAGCCAUCAGCUGUUGCCGAAACAGAGGCUCCACCUAUUGGAAAAGUCAAAGAGUUCUGGAGGCGCAACUCGAUGGAAAAGUACCUGAAUGGGCCAGCCGAGUGCACGGUCAAAAAGGCCCCCUCCACCACCAUCACUGCCACAUCCGAAAAACCACAGCGAGAUGAGACGAAGGCAGGCUUUACGCUGACCACUCCGGAGCAGCAGCCUGCCUCACAGGAAUACGGGGCACCCCCGGAGGAAGACAGAAGCCGGCCACAUUCAGCCGUCUCCUGUCCUGUGAAAGUGCCAGCACCUAAUCCCACAGACAUCACAUUCCUCAAGCCUCAGAGAAGAACAUCCAGCCAGUAUGUGGCUUCUGCUAUUGCCAAGAAGAUGGGACCUCCAAAAGUCCAUGCUGAUGUGGUGAGACCACAUAAGAAGACUGCCGAACAAGGCCACGAGGAAGCAAAGCUCGCUAGACCACCUCCAGCCUGGAAAGACAGUGCAGUCCCCAACCUGUGUUCAGAGGCCGGCCAGUGUGAGCAUGGCACAAACCAGGGCUCUGUCCGCCUUCCCAGCAACCCUGGUGGGCAGUUGCCAGCGGACCAUCCCAAAGUAGAGGUCAACAGCACAUAUGGGAAGUCAGCGACUCACAACUCUCCUGCUGCUGUCCACAGAAACUCCUAUUUCCUCCCAGGCAGAUCUUCCCAGCGGGAUCGUGUUUCUGUAGGACAGAGCUGUGGUUUCCAUGAAAAGCAAACUAUAAGUAACCAAAAGAUGAAUUCAACAUCUAACCCCUCGCAGGCACUGGACAAGGCACACCCAGCCCCCCUGCUCUUGACAGAAGCCCGUGACUCUGGGAGGAUACUGGUGAAUGGCUCUGCACAGACCCCAGGAAAUUGUGAGCCUCCCCACUCUCAGAAAGAGUCCACCCUGACUAGCUAUAUUAUCUUACAGACAGAGGAAAAGCCCAGUCCGUUAUCUGCAGAUGGUCAAAACUCAGAUGAUGCUCUACCGUCGAGCAUUUUUGGGCCAAAGAAAAAAUUCAAGCCUGUCGUUCAAAGGCCACUUCCAAAAGAUAUAUCCCUGCACAGUGCCCUGAUGGAAGCCAUCCACACCUCAGGAGGGAGGGACAAGCUCCGAAAGACUGCAGAACAGGCCUCAGAAGGAAGGCCAAAGAAACCAUCCUACGUGGAGGCGGAGAGCGAGCGAUCUGCCCUUCUGGCAGCCAUCCGGGGCCACAGUGGGACUCUCAGCCUGAGGAAGGUGUCAUCCCUGGCCUCUGAGGAGCUCCAGAGCUUCCGAGAUGCUGCACUCAUGGCUCCAGGUGUGGACAAGCCUCAGCAAGAAGACCGUGGCCUUCCACCCCCACCUGCCCUGCCACCACCAUCCACUCCAGCAUCCCAGGUUCCCUCAGCCUCCAUACCGGUUUCUAGGUUCAGCAUCGGCACCCUCAGCAACCCAGUAAAUGCUAGGCAAGCCUUGAUGGAUGCUAUCCGCUCGGGCACAGGAGCUGCAAGACUCAGAAAGGUGAGCAUUGGUACAGAAAGCAGAAAUGGAAGCAAAAUUAACUGUGCAGCCCAGCUUCUGGAGGGUACCGCCAAGGGGUAGACAUUGACUCGGGAGAAAGCCAGCUCUUUGUGCUACCUGCUGCCCGUGUGCCAAGGUUUAAACUGAACUCACUUCUGUCUCCUGACUCCAGAUGAAUGCUAGUGCAAGGACAGCUGGAUGAGAAUCUACAGUCUGCUCCCUAGGGCUCCCUGGAGGGAGUGUAGCACCCUAGCCUGCAACGUCACCACCAAUCUUUCCUAUCUACCUUUGUCUGCCUCUUUCUGCCAACGUAAUACAUACCUGUCAGUGAACCCAAAGUCUCUCAGCAGAGCACGAGCCUUCCUCCUCCUAAUGCAGGUCAACACAUCUAGUUCCCACCUGGACACUGGAGAAAACUUUGGCCCUAAAGCACUAUUAGCAAACCUCAUCUGGCUUCCAAGCUCUGUUUCAGCUCAAUACUACUCUCUUAUGAGUUUGCUGACUUCUAGGGCUGUGUAUGCCUUCUUGAUAUGGCAACUUAUGCUAAGAAUGCGAAUGCUAGGGUAUUUUCGAUUUUCUAAGAGCACUUCUGAUUCCUCAACUCUGCUGUCCCUGAGGAGGUCAAUAGGAAGUUAAUCUUCAUGCUAUAUGUGGAAUGCACAAGGCUCAGAGAAUCCAAAUCACUGGGCUCUGGUCAUAUAGGGACUGGACUCUGCACAGUAGGUCUUGUCAUGCUCUAAGGAAAACAUGUCACCCAUGAAGCUGAGGCUGGGCCACUUUCACAUAAGGCUACGGUUUCCAGAAAUAAGACAGACAGAUCUGCUUGUUCCCCACUUGGACACCUGCUGGGGUGGAGGAGUGGAGAGGUUCCUAGGACAUGUGGCUGAGUCACUGAGGCAUAACCCACUUCAGGUCCCUAUGCACCAGCACUGGAGAGUGACAGGCUUCAAGCCGACUCCCUGUGGUUUCCCCAUUUCUAUGGAAUUUGUGUAUUUCUGAACUUGUAAUGGUGGAUGACUGAGAAGUAAUCACAGAAGUCAGGUAAAGGUGGUUCUGAAUAAACCUCUGAGGCCCCUCUGGGCUCACGACAGCCAUUUGCCUCUGACUGAAUUCGAGAGGUGGCUCUUUAGAGAAGUCCUAAGCAAAUAAUUUUGUGAAACCCAGCACAAGACUUUGUUUCUUAGUUUCUAAAAUCAUGUUCCUCAACAAGAAAUCUAUAAGUAAAAUCUGAGUCCUACAGUAGACUUGUCAGAAGUUAGAACCCACGGUCAGCCAAGUUAAACUGUCUCUGAGGGGACUUUGCUUUAAAGUCUGAGGUAAUUAUCUCAUUCACUCCCCUAAUAUAUUAUUUAAAAAAAAUAGUGUCACCUAUCUGAGGCUUCCCUCCCUUCCCAUUUCAGUGAGCUUGUCAACAGUGGUUUGAAAAUAUUCAGUAAUUAGUAAUUAAUGAGUUGUAAAUAGCCUUCAUUACAGUAAAUGGGUUUUAGUAGUACACUUGUUAAUGUGUUACUGUGCCUAAUAUGUAAUAUAAGCUCUUCAUACUCGCCCUCAUAGGUGCAUGGCUUUAGUAAAAGGCAGAGUAUGCAUAGGCUCAAUACACUCCAGAGUUCCAAGUACCCCUGGAGGCUUUCUGGAGAGGGGACCUGUGACCUGAACGCUACAGGCACGUAGUUGCUCUCUGUAUUUACACACAGCUCACUGACUGAUUGUUGGAGCUGUUUAAAAUAGAUGCUACUCUGUCCUACAGUGAUGCAAAGGCCCUGAGGCAAGAAAAACUAAAAGCCAAGGCUACACAGCCACCAGAUGUGUACUUAAAAAUUGAAAACCUGGGCUUGCUCUAAGAACUCUUCUGCUUUGCCGAAAGUUAGAAAGAAGCAAUAUUGCAAAGCGUCUGGAAGAAGAGACUGAGGAAAGUAAGGGGUAGAAAUGAAGGA